AAAGCAAAUAAUCGUGCGAGUACCCGUCAAGUAAACUACCGUACAUCCCAGGACAACCUCUUGAAAUAGAAGACAUAAGAUACAACAAUCGAAACGAUUAUGUCAUUGAGAGAGGCGCUUUAUAAAGAAAAAACCGGAGAUAAAGAAGGGCGAAGUGUUAUCGGCAAGAUGAAGAAGACUUAUGAUAGCGUCAGCAGUAGCACUUUGUUUGAUAGCCAACAGAGACAAGACUUGUUGGGCUAUCAUAAUGCAAACAAGAGUGACGACAACACAACCCGCAGUGAUACGUUUCGAAGUGCGGAGUUCACUAAGUUUAUCCAUCAAAAAUAUAUGCAGUCGAAAGAAUCGCCAAAUGGCACAGCAUUUGAUUCUGGCAGGACGAAUAAUAGUGACGAUAGCACAAAUCGUGCCUCUGGGUUUGAUAGCGUCGAUUUCACUAAAUUCUUGCAACAGCUACAGUCGAAAGACUCAGUGAACGGCAUAGAUUUUUCUCUGUUCAAGAGCAAAGAACCAAACUUGGGGAUGUUUGGGAGCAGAGACUCUAGUGACAAAAAGCCCGAGGCGACCAACAAAGAUAAUACGCGUAAAACUAGCACUGCUAUUCCUGGAUUGAAAAGCCAAGAUUGGGUGAAGUUCGAUAUGCUCGGCAAACAUGUCGAAAUUCCUAUUUCAAUGGGCAUGUUUUCCUCAAAGCAGAGCGAAGGGUCUCCGACCAUGAGAAGCGCUCCGUCGCUCAGGACAGACUUCAGCUCGUCUUCGAUGAUCCAUUCAUUGAAAAACACUGCAAUCGAAUUGCCUUCAGAACCAAAAGUACCUUCUGCCACAAAAACGAGAAAGAAAAGAAAGAGAAAACCACGAAAGAAGAUAAUACCUGAAACUAAAACGUACGUCGAGCCAUCAGAUAAAGAUGUUUUGAUGGGAAGGGGAGGGAAGUCGAACCAUCAUCCAGGAAAUUCGAGAUACAGGGGGGAAGUAGAAAAGUUCCAGGAGCGUUACAAAAACGCGGAUGACAAAGAUGAGAAGACAAACAUUAGCGAAGAAUUGGUGCGUGCUAUCCAAUCCGGCGGCGGUAAUUUCUUAGAAAAGGAUGAUACCGGAGCAUGGUACAUCAUUGACGAUGUGGUUGCUCGCCGCAAGGUAUCACAAGCAUUGCGAGAAGACAAAGAUCCAGAAAAACGAAGAGCGAAGCGUAAGCGCUUUCUUGAAAAAAGAGCAAGAGAACAAAAACGUCAAAGAUAAUUCGAGUGAACGCCCAAUACACUUAAAAUUUAUUUGGGAAAAUAGAUAUAAAUACUUGGUAUUGAAAGGAGAUAAAGAUAUCACUCGGCUGCAUAAAAAUAUUUUAUUCUA